CGCGCAGCUGGAGGGCCAUGCGAGGGAAAGAGGCCACGCUUCCCAAACUUCCUGCCCCACUUUCUCAGCAGCCGGCUGCCAGGAGCUGAGGCAAAAGGGAGAAGAAGGAGAAAGGCAGCUCCCUGAAGGCGAGAGCGGCGGCGGCGUCCCCCUCUUCCUCUUCUCUUCCUCGGGCCAUGGGCGAGCCUCGGGAGAAGCCCCCCGCGGGCGGCGGCGGAGGAGGUGUGGGCCGGGUGUCGGUGGGUCUCUCUCUGCUCUUCUCGCUGCUCUCGGUGGGCGCCUGCCUCCUCCUCAGCGCCAAGACCUCCCGGCUGCAGGGCCGGCUGCUCGCCCUCGAGGAGGAGAUGGUCGCCGGGCGGAGAGACCCCGGCGCAGAGAGCCCGCUCCAAGGGCAGCCUUGGCUCGCCGCCCUCCAGCCUCAGGUGGACGAGCUUCUGCGGGAGAAACUGAAUGAAGGAUUGGCUAAACUACGCACAGCAAGAGAAACACCAUCUGAAUGCAGAUGUCCACCAGGUCCACCAGGAAGGCGAGGAAAGCCUGGACGGCGAGGAGAGCCAGGUCCUCCAGGGCAAUCAGGACGAGAUGGUUACCCGGGCCCCCUUGGAUUGGAUGGCAAGCCAGGUCUUCCAGGACCCAAGGGGGACAAGGGUGAUCAAGGAGACAUUGGCCCACGGGGAGAUCCAGGUAAAGAUGGUGCUGCAGGCCCACCAGGUCCUCCUGGACAGCCGGGUACAAGAGGGCCCCCUGGAGACACAGGCAAAGAUGGCCCAAAGGGUCCCCCAGGCCUCCCUGGAGAGAAGGGAGAGACUGGAGAAGCUGGCAUCAUGGGUGAGCCUGGUGUGCCAGGAGAAAAAGGUGAUGCUGGAAUCCCAGGAGAACCAGGGGUCCAAGGGCCGAAGGGAGAACAAGGAAGUAUUGGUCCCACAGGAGAGAAAGGCAUGGAUGGGCUGCCAGGACCAAAGGGAAAUCAAGGAAGCAUUGGGCCAGUGGGGGAGAGAGGCCCAGAAGGGAUACCAGGUUCAAAGGGAGAACCAGGAAGUAUUGGCCCAAUGGGAGAAAAGGGUAAAGAUGGGCUAUCUGGGCCAAAGGGAGAACCAGGAAGUAUUGGCCCAGUGGGGGAGAAAGGUAUAGAUGGGCUACCAGGGCCAAAGGGAGAACCAGGAAGUGUUGGUCCUAUGGGAGAAAAAGGCUUAGAUGGGUUACCGGGGCCAAAGGGCAAGCAAGGAAGCAUUGGCCCAGUAGGGGAGAGAGGUAUAGAUGGGCUACCAGGGCCAAAGGGAGAACCAGGAAAUGUUGGUCCUAUAGGAGAAAAGGGCUUAGAUGGGUUACCAGGGCCAAAGGGCAAGCAAGGAAGCAUUGGCCCAGUGGGUGUGAGAGGUAUAGAAGGGCUUCAGGGGCCAAAGGGAGAACCAGGAAAGAUUGGCCCAGCAGGAGAAAAAGGCAUAGAUGGGCUACCAGGGGCAAAGGGAAAACGAGGGAGCAUGGGCCGAGUGGGACAGAGAGGGUUACCAGGGCCAAAGGGAGAACCAGGAAGCAUUGGCCCAGUGGGAGAACAUGGCAUGGAUGGUCUACCAGGGCCAAGGGGAGAACCAGGAAAUGUUGGCCCAGUGGGAGAAAAGGGCAUGGAUGGGCUACCAGGGCCAAAGGGAGAACCAGGGGCCAUUGGCCCAAUGGGAGAGAAGGGCAUAGAUGGGCUUCCUGGGCUAAAGGGAGAACCAGGAAGUAGUGGCACGGUGGGAGAGAAAUGUAUAGAUGGGCAACCAGGGCCAAAGGGAGAACCAGGAAGCAUUGGUCCAACAGGAGAAAAAGGAAUGGAUGGGCUACCAGGAUCAAAGGGAGAACCAGGAAGUGUUGGCCCAAUGGGAGAAAGGGGCAUUGAUGGGCUACCUGGGUCAAAGGGAGAACCUGGAAGCAUUGGCUCUAAGGGAGAAAAAGGCUUAGAUGGGCUACCAGGGCCCAAGGGAGAAUCAGGAAGUAUUGGUGCAGUAGGAGAAAAAUGCAUAGAUGGGCUACCAGGGUCAAAGGGUGAACCUGGUGAGACAGGAGCAGAUGGACACAUUGGGCCGAGGGGACCUCCAGGCCUAAAAGGAGAACAAGGUGAUACAGUCAUAAUUGACUAUGAUGGCAGAAUUUUGGAAGCUCUAAAGGGGCCACCAGGUCCUCAAGGGCCCCCGGGCCCCGAAGGACCUCCUGGACCGAAGGGUGAACUUGGGUUGCCUGGUCCGCCGGGAGUUGAUGGAGAAAAGGGUCCUAAAGGAUCAAAAGGUGACCAAGGAAGCUCAGGUUCCACAGGACAAAAAGGAGAGAUUGGAGAAGCUGGCAUCACUGGUGCUCCAGGUCCUAAAGGGUCAAAAGGAGACCAAGGCACUCCUGGAUUAAUGGGACAGAAGGGAGAGAUAGGAGAAAUGGGCUUAUCUGGUCCACCAGGAAUUGAUGGACCGAAAGGCCAACCUGGUGCACCCUGCAAGCAGGAUCUUGUGCAGAUCAUACCUGAACCAGGACCUCCUGGCUUACCAGGUCAACCAGGUCCAAAGGGUCCUCAAGGAAUUCAAGGACAAAAGGGUUCAGAUGGUGCAAAGGGGGCAAAAGGUGAAAGUGGUCAUAACGGCGAAAAAGGUGCUCCCGGGCCACAAGGUCCGACUGGUGCCCCAGGGCUUAUUGGCUUACCAGGCACUAAAGGAGAGAAGGGAAAACCAGGGGAACCAGGAUUAGAUGGUUUUCCAGGCCUAAGAGGAGAAAAAGGAGAAAAAAGUGAAAGAGGAGAGAAGGGAGAAAGAGGACUGCCUGGGAGAAAAGGAGCAAAGGGUCAAAAGGGAGAACCGGGACCCCCUGGAUUGGAUCAACCUUGUCCAGUGGGACCAGAUGGAUUACCAGUACCAGGAUGCUGGCACAAGUCCCAGAUGCAAACAGAGGAGAAAACAAAAAAGAAAAAGAAGAUACAGCCCUAGAAGCAAGACAUGCUGUGCUUUAUGGAUGAAUGUAGGAGGAACUUCCCAUCUGGAAAAGUGUAUACAAGUGUUACCAUAUGUGCUGCUACUUGCCUCCACUUUGAAGAAAUCUUUAACAGACAGGGUCACUGCAACCUACUCUGUCAUCAGUGGCUGCUUCUCCUUGUGAAGAAACCUCUGGAAGAACCUCUGCUUGCUUAAGCCUGAGAAAUUCCCUUGCAAGACUUAGUAUUGCAGCAUUGAGGAAACUCAGAGCAAUUUACUUGCCAAACAGUUUUUCUUUUCCUUUGGAAAAAAAAAUAAACAGUAAGGAAAUUCAUCUCCGUUUUCAGAUUUGGAAACCAACGGAAAAUCUGUGUGAUGUAUCUUUCCUAACACCAGGACAUGAAUGGCAACUACUUGGUGUAAGAUUGAGAAAGAUUCCCAUAUGAAGUCCCAUACUUGUUUCCACGGACAUCCGGACUUGCUAUAUCAAAACUGAAAAACUAGACCUUCAUUUUCCAUCUGGCUUCCCCACUCCAUAUAUACAAAUAAGUACUUCAUUACUUAGAUUAGAACAGUGUCAUUGGUGUGUAAAUAUUUCCCAAACAAAACUACGUGUGGUCAGAAGUUCAAGAAUAGGAUGAGUAAUUUGUUCAUGGAAGCAGUUCUUUUGGCUGUGAUUCUCCAAAGUAUAGAGAUCCUGGAGAAGCUCCACAUUUUGUGAAGUAGCUGCAUCAGUCCCUGGUAGUUCUAUCGGAUGGCAGUGUUACUGGCAGAUGUGUGAACAAAAGGCCUCUUCUUAAAUGCGCCUGGAUGUUCUGGACUAUUGCUUGCUACAAAGAGUGGAGCUGCUCUAGCACCCAACUCUAAUGGAUUGUGAAAACACAAAUAAUAAUGACAGAGUAAAACAUGAUCCCUGAUAUUUAUCUUUGCUAUAACUGGUUUGGGACUUCCUAAUUCCAGGAGUUCAAGCAGGUUCACACAUAGCCCAUGGUCAGCUUGUGCUUGCAACAAGAAAUGGAUUCAUUUGAAAUAGCACUGCCCACAACUGUGUAAUGCUGUAUAUCCCCCAUGAACUAAAGUGGCUUUGCUGUUUACAAGCUCACAUACUUGCUCUUUUUUUUUUUCUUCCUCUAGCAGACAUAAAUUUGAUCCACUUACUGGGUCAGCCCUUGAGUUGAGUUUAAUUCAGAAUACUCCUUUCGGCAGCAGAGGAGACAACAUGGUGCUCAGCAGUUCCCGCCUCUCUUUGCAGACUCAUCACUACCCCCCCCCCCCCCCCCCCCCCCCGCUGUUCUGGAAGGACCCCCAACACUCCAGUGCAUAUGAAGGCGUGAGGAACUACAGGGGGAGAUGGGAAUCUGCAAACAUUAUCAUUUCCCUUUGUGCUCCCUGGAUCAGAAACCUUCCAGGGAUAUAAAAAUCUCUUAUAUCUGUGUGAGGCUUAAGAUGGAGCCAAUCUAAUGAUGUUACACUGUCAAAACUAACGUCAGACUCCACAUUUGAUUAUUACAUGUUUUAUUUAAAAUUGCUGAAGAGUUGCAAUCUUAAAAGGUCAUUUGGGUGUCAAUAAUCCUACGAGAUCCAUAUGAAUACAGCAAAAGUUGAGGAUGGAGAGUGAAUAGAAUUUGCUUUGUCUUAAAAGAAUUUGAUAUCUGAGAAUGAUGAUGCCUGUAAAGGAAAGUUGGGAAGGAAGCUAUUGCUCUGAUGGGGAUGCUGUAAAUAAAAUGAGAUUAGAAGAAGAGUUGCCAAUAUCUGGUUUUGAAAAUGGCUAAUACCUUGAAUGACUGCUGGAAAAGAAAAACUUAGCCUGGUCCUGCUUAUUUCAUCACUAGAAUAACAGAAACCUUUUUACAGGUAUUUUUCUGUUCCACAGCUGUUAAAAGUAAUGCUACUCUCCAUGAGUUAAAGGCUGGCAGCCAUAGUUGGGAGACAUUUCUGAUCUGCUAGAGCAUAGUUGACUCACAGAAAUUAUGGCUUUGUGGAGGGUACCUGAAUCCUUUGACCUCUGAAAUUUUUAAUCAGGCCUUCUAGUAAUUUCCUUCUCAUGAAUUAUUAAAAUACUGUAUCAACAUCAGGAAGCAGUAAUAGUGAUCAAGCUCUCAUGAGCACUCACAUGUUUACAGGAACCAAGGGAAAUCAUACUUUGUGGUUUGAACGAAACCUAGCAAGCUUGAAUUUCCCUUCCCCCAUUUAUUUUGGUGCUAAUUGGCUUCAUUCUAAUUCAGAGUUUAAGCCCUCAUUCCUAGAGGUGGCUUGAAGCAUAUCCCAAAGUGCUGGUUUGCACUACUGGCUAGACUUUACUUCUGUAAUGAUGACAUGAUGUUCGCUGGCAGUGUAGUUGGAAGAUGCUUCAAGACUGCUAUCCCAUGAAUCUUCAGUAAUAUUAAAUAUUUCCUUUUUUACUGCUUGUAAAAGUCAUGUAGACAACCUCCACCUAAUGCUUUAAAAUAGUGUACAAGUCUUCAAAGUAGAAGAUGCAUUUUAUACAUUUAAAAAGUAAGAUUGUAAAGUUAACAUUGCUUCACUUGUUACUAUUGUGGAUUGUGUAUGUUAGCUGUAGAUUUGGCUUUUGAGGUUUGACAUUAUUUUGCUCCCUAAAGAUAAUCUGUUUUGUAAAUGAAGAAAAGCUACACCAAAGGAAAGAUUAGCUAUUUUUUUUAAUCGUUUCAGAAGCGACUUGAGAAACUGCAAGUCGCUUCUAGUGUGAGAGAAUUGACUGUUUGCAAGGAAGUUGCCCGGGGGACGCCCGGAUGUUUUUACUAUCCUGUGGGAGGGUUCACUCGUGUUCCCGCAUGGGAAGGUGGGGCUGACAGAAAGGUGCUCACCCCGUCUCAUGGAUUCAAGCCCCCGACCUUCAGGUCUACAGUUCGGCCAGCACAAGGGUUUAACCCAUUGUGCUACCAUGGCUCCUAGACUAACUAAUAAUCUUCUUACUUAAAAAAAAUCUUAAUAUCAGUGCAGAAGAUCAGCUUUUCUAUCCCCUUUGAAAGUCAAAGCAUUUUGUGCAUCACUCUGCUUUUGCAUAUAAUGCGCUUUUUCAGAUAGCAGAAAUCAGUGGCAAGUCACAUUGAUCUUUUGAGAGCAACAUUGAUUUUCCUUUCUUCUUGUGAAAUCCUUUACUCCAGCCUAUAUUGUUUGAUUUUUAUAUUGCAUACCAAUGCACAUUCAUUUCCUGACAGAAGGAAUGAUUGGAGAACAUGGUAAACUGAGAAUUCAAAGAGGAGUUUUGAUUAAGUGGACAUUUCCCACAAUUUUAGCCCAAUCCAGAGGUGAGGUAUCGACAUAUAUAUAUAUUUGGUCAAACCUCUCAGAAUUCCCACAAAGUUUUCCCAUUUUCCCCUACCUGUCUUAAAAGGAUCUGGGGCUGUUCUGCCACCACAAACAUGACCUCAAAUGUCUGCAAGUUUAGCCCCAUUGACAGGAGAACAUCAGAAGGCCCUGCCAUCCUAUCUCAUGAUAUAUAAUCAUUUAUGUCCCAUUAGUUUAAAUGUAGGCAGUUCUGAAGUUAUGAACAAAGUAGGUUUUGUAGGUUUGUUCGUAAGUUGUAUUUGUAUAUCAGUCAAAACAGGUACAUUUUAAAGUGUAACUCAUAUAUUAGUUUUGGAUAGCAUAAGAGUUAACACCCUUUGGUGUUUGUUUUGCUGUCUGCACUCCUGUUCAAAAGAUUUCACUUCCCUUUCUGUUCCUGUGAGAAUUGGAUGUUGACAAAUUUCGCUUGUUAUAGAAACAAGGAUUGGUGAUAAAGCUUCAGUGAAUAUUUCUCUCGCUUCCUGUUGUCUCACCCCUGUUCUUAACUAUGAAUUGUUUGUAAGUCGGAUGUUUGUAACUUGGGGACUACAUGUACAUUGUGAUUAGGUACCAUUCCUCAAAUACACUUUUAUCAGUUUCCUUUCAAACACAGGAGAUGAUUCAGAGAUAUCUCCAAAAGUACUUGUCAGGGCCAUAUUUCAUGUUGUAGGGCAGUGGUUCCCAAACUUUGAUCCUACCACUGCUGUAGGGUGUCAGGGAAAAGUAAGUUAAUUUGAAGCCCAGGAAACAAUUGACAUUUCAGUAGAAGUGGCCCUUACUCAUUAUAGCAGUUAAGCCACCAAAUCACCACUAGAUGUCAACAUAAUCGAUGGUUUGAACAAGAGACUUCUGUAUGCAACAAUCAAGAUGAAUUUUCAAAAGCAGUUAAUUCAGUAUGUUUAUGAAGAAACUUGUUGAUAAUCCUGAUACUAAAUUUAGAUGAACAAACAUCAUUACCUAAUUCAAUUCACUACCUUAGAAUUCUACUAACUGUAAUUAUUUGGUCCAAUUACAUCCUCAUAAAGUGUCUGCACUAAUACCCUUUGAUUGUUUUAUUUAAUCCUUUUUCAAAAAUUCUUUACAACAGUCUUUACCGAUCUUUGUAUGUUGGAUGAACCUUUGAAAUGAUUUUCAGUUCUCCGAGAACCCCUGCAUAAAAAUUACUGCAUUUACAGCUCAAAGGCAGAUGUAUUUAAAAACAAAACACAAAAUCCAAGACUCUCACAGAACUCCAGCAAUCUCUUGAAGAACCCUGCUUAAGGCAGUUUCUGCUUCCAAUAUAAUAUCCAGUAAAAUGACUGAUAAAUACCAACUUCUUCUAAAGUGCAUACUGAAUAAACUGCACUCACAGCAGAUGUUCAUUUGGAAAAGCAAGCAUUUCAAUGAAAAAAAUAUACCUUGUAUUCAACCGAUGUCCUGAUUUUAGUGUAGAUGUCAGCCCCCAUAUCUCUGGGGUUAGGGGCACACAAAAAUGAGAAGACAUGUAUUUAACAAAUGCAUUUUUUUACCUGACCGAACACCUCUUUUUGUUGGAAGUUUACCACAGAAUUGCUCUGGAGGAGCUAAAAAUACUAGAGAGAACAUUUUAAUCAGAUUCAUAAAAGGUAAAGGUUUUCCCUUGACAUUAAGUCUAAUCGUGUCCGACUCUGGGGGGUGGUGCCCAUCUCCGUUUCUAAGCUGAAGAGCCGGCGUUGUCCAUAGAUGCCUCCAAGGUCAUGUGGCCGGCAUGACUGCAUGGAGUGCCAUUACCUUCCCGCUAGAGUGGUACCUAUUGAUCUACUCACAUCUGCAUGUUUUUGAAAUGCUAGGUUAGCAGAAGCUGGUGCUAACAGGGGGAGCUCACCCCACUCCCAAGGAUUCAAACCACUGACCUUUCGGUCAGCAAGUUCAGCAGCUCAAUGGUUUAACCCACUGCACAACCAUAAAAGACAAACCCACAAAAAAGGCACACCGAUUGUACUUUUUAUGAUGGGCUAUAAAUUUGUAGUCCUAAAAGAAUGAAAUAAUAAUCCUAAUACAUGUUCUCUAGGCGUGAUCCAAUUACUCACUAUUUAAUCCAGUUUACUUAAAAGGUAGACCAAUGCAUAAUGUUCACGCAUACAUCUCCCACUGAAAAGAAUGGGAAGUGGAAAUAUGUUGUUACAAAUUUAUCAUGCCUUUAUUGCCACAAAGUGCUAGGUCACAGAGAACUGAAAAGGCCUCCUUCAUUUUCAAAACCAAAAACUAGGAAACAUUGUUGUCUAAAGUGGAUUUCACUUAGGAUAUAUAGCGUUACAAUUAUACAUUCAUCUUGCUCCUGCCUUUAAUCUGUUUUGAGGUUUUGCUCUAAAUAGACCGAAUGCUCAGAUAAUGCCUUUCUCCCUUUUCCUUCCAGGGAAACACUGAUUUUAUAUAUAUUUAUCUCAGAGAGUUAUUGAUAGUUCAGAUCCACAGGUGCCAAAGUUACCAGUGUUAUAAUGCUAACUUACUACUAUUCACUGCAGAGAAUUGGAACUCAGCUAAUCUAAGAAAUGUGCCCUACUUCAGAGAUGAUACAGUAAAUCUGUACUGAUUAAUUGCCUUGCAAAUAAUUAUGGUGCAAUUCUGCAGCUCUGGUUAGCUACCAGUUUUCCUAGCCACCACCUUGAGGUUAAAUGAAAGGUGGGGGGCCAGCCUCAAAAGGUCACUUGCCAUUGACUUACAUUGCAACAGGUGCCUCUCUUGCCAUACCUCUUUCAUCUGUACCUUGGCAGCUUAGAGGUCAGAUGGUGUCCCCAAAGGGCCAUCGGAUGGCCCACAGCCUCCUGUUGUUGACCCCUAUUCUGCAGGGUGCUGAGCAAUAAAGAUCAGGAAGAGAUCUUGAUGAUUAAUCAUUCAAGUUCCCUUUAUUUCACUUGGAACCAUAGGCCAGUUCAAAACAAAGUAGACUGUAUAUGCUCUACUCUCAAGUGCAAUUAUGAGUAAAGAAAAUCGUGUUAUAUCAUGUCUUUUAUAUCCAAUGCAAAUCUUAUUCAGUACAUAUGUAGAACAUGUAUGACUGCAGGUGAAUGAAGAGGCUGACAAAUUCCAGUCUGGCUCACUUAGCUGUGCUGGAGUUUAAUGUUAAUGUUAGAUGCAUUUUUUUAUGUGACGAAUUCUCUUCACCGGGCAAGAAGAAAUAAGGGCUUUGACAGUUAUGUCUCCUGUAAGGAACUUUGUGGAAUGUAUUUAUAUGCUUUAUACUUUCUAAAAACGAAACUCUGCCGAGCUUCAGCAAACUGUAUAGCUUUGCUUUAAAAUGAAGUUAAAGGGGAAUAUUUUAUGUAACAGGCCUAUUACUAGUUACAACUGCCUAUAAAUUUUCUAACAUGUUACAUGCCGCAACAAGUGUUAUAUUAGUUGUAAUAAGGGGGAACAACUAUUUUUAAAAAAAGAAAUGAAGGCAUUAAUACAGUAUUAUGCAUUAUUGAAUAAAAAAUAAUGGACUUGUACUGAUCAAUUCUGUUUUGUAAAUUUUACAACAGGCACUGCAUUGUUUCGCAGUGUUCCCACUAUCUUGUGCUUUAAUCCAUAGCAAGAGUUGAUAUUUGAACAGAUUAAAAAUAAAUUGCUUCUUGUACAUAUA